AUGACAACGAUGUUCGUCCAACUGCGCCGCGUGGUGUACCUGUUGGUACUUCUGCACUUCUGUACGUGUGCGAUUAACUCCGUAAGUGGUACGCCUUCCAGAAAUCCUGAUGAAUUAAAAGCUGAAGUGGAAAAGAAAAAAACUAAGUUGGAAGAAGAAAAAGCUAAGGUGAAAGAGAAGAAGGAAAUAUUUGAUGGCACCCUUUCGGCAUUAAACACCACAAGGAAUAAGUACAAAACAACAACUGAAAGUGCUCAGAGUGUCUUGAAUGAGUGCAGAGAAUUUGCCGAAGAGAUUAAAAGUGGAUCAAAGAAUGUUACCGAUAAUGAGAAUGAAAAGAAAGCCGAAGAACUUGUGAAAAAGUGCACUGAGGCCGCUAAAGAGGUGAAAAAUGCUGCAGAUGAUGUGAAUAAAAAAGCUGAUGAUCAUGUUGCUGCCGCAGAGAAUUAUAUGGAGGUUGUGCUUGAACUGGGUAGUGCUACUACUGCAUAUUCGUUAAUCCAAGCAAAGUUCCAGAUCAAAGUCGACGAAGUAAAUGAGGAGGAGAAUGAAAAAAUCAAAAUAUAUAAUGAAGAGGCCGCAGAAUCAAAGAAAGACGCAUUUAAGGUGAAGAAUGAUACCUCAACAUUCAAGCAGGAAGCUGCCGAUGCACAGAAAGAAGCAGAAGCAGCGACUGAAGCUGUGAAGCUUCUGGAGGACGCUAUUCAAAGGGCAAAGACUGCGGCAGCAGAAGAAGCGAAAAAAGCUGCCGAAGCAGAACAGCAAAACAAAGCUGGAAACAGUACAGAAGGUCAAGUCAACGAAAAUGAGGAAAAUGGACCGAUGAUAACAACAGCUGAAAACGAAACAAACACAGAAAAAAAUAUAACGACUGUGGAUCAACAUAAUGAUAAUGGAGUAAAAGAAAAUGACUCAGCCGGAGGUUCUACGAACGAAAGCGAAACAACUAAUAACUCAACCGUUGCUGAAACAUUGAAAUCUCAAAAUAUGCUAACUAAUACUUCUACAGGUUCAGUUCCGUUGAAUGUUACACAGUUCAUUGACAGCAGCAGCAGUCCUGCAUUGGUGCACAGUCCCUUAUUGCUGCUUCUUGUUUCGAUGUGUGUGCUGGGCUGCACUGUCAUUUGCUGA